ACAUGUAGAUUCAAACAACACACAGAGCAUAAAUUAUACAUAGACUAUACAUAAAUUAUACAAUUCAGUGAAGAAAAGGACUCAAAAACAAGACAUUUUGCCAAAAAAACACAAUCAGAGACAAGUCCAUGGUACAGCAAGAGGUGGUUCAUAGUUGUCUGUUGCUGACAACUAACAGGUCAGAUCAACAUUGAUAACAUAGAAGGAGAAUUAGGUCAUUUGGCCCAUCGGGUCUGUUCUGCCAUUCUACCAUGGCUGUUUUAUUAUCCCUCUCAACCCCGUUCUCUUGCUUUUUCCACAUAACCUUCGAUGCCUGACUAAUCAAGAAACUAUCAACCUCCAUUUUAAAUGUAUUCAAUGACUUGGCCUCCACAGCCAUUUGUGGCAAUGAAUUCCACAGAUUCAUUAUUCUCUGGCUAAAGAAAUUCUUCUUAAUCUCUGUUCUAACAAGACGUCCCUCUAUUCUGAGGCUGUGCUCACUGGUCCUAGACUUACCCACCAUAAGAAACAUUCUUUCCACAUCCACUCUAUCGAGGCCUUUUAAUUUUCAAUAGGUUUCAAUGAGAUCUCCCCUCUUUCUUCUAAACUCCUGCGGAUACAGGCCCAAAGCAAUCAAACAGUCCUUAUACAUUAACCCUCUCAUUUCCAGAUUCAUUCUCAUGAGCCUCCUCUCCAAUGCCCUGUCCAAUGGCAACAUAUCUUUUCUUAGAUAAGGAGCCUAAAAAUGCUCACAAUACUCCAGCUGCUACAAUACUCUGAUUAAUGACUUAUGAAGCUUCGACAUCACAUCCUUGCUCUUAUAUACCAGUCCUCUUGAAAUGAAUUCAAACAUUGCAUUUGCCUUCCUUAACAUUGACUCAACCGGCAAGUUAAUCUUCAGGGACCCUGCUUGAGGUCUCAGUUUUUUGUGCUCUUUGCCCAUUCAUCUAAGUCCUUCUGUAGAAUUCCUGUUUCUUUAACACUGCCUGCCCCUCCGCCUAUCUACAAAUAGUUCACAAACUUGGCCACAAAGCCAUCAUGUGAUUCAUUCAAAUCAUGGACAUAUAAUGUGAAAAGAAGUGAUUCCAUCACUGACUCAUGUGAAACACCACUAGCCACCAACAGCCAACCAGAAUUAGUCUCCUUUAUUCCCAUUCUUUGCCUUCUGCCAGUCAGCUUAUGUCCUAUCCAUGCUAGUACUUUUCCUGUAAUACCAUGGGUUCAUAUCUUGUUAAGCAGCCCCUUGUGCUGCUCUUUAUCAAAGGUCUUCUGAAAAUCUAAGUAAGUAACAUCCACUGUCUCUCCUUUGUCUUUCCUGCUUGGUAUUUCCUCAAGAAAAUCCCACAGAUUUGUCCGGCAAGAUUUUCCCUUAAGAAAACCAUGCUGACGUUGGCCUACUUUAUCAUAUGCCUCCAGAUAUCACAAAACCUCAUCCUUAAUAAUGGACUCCAACAUCUUCCCAAUCACUGAAGUCAGGCUAACUGGCCUAUAAUUUCCCUUCUUCUGCUUCCCUUCCUUUUUAAAGAGUGGAAUGAUAUUUGCAAUCUUCCAGUCCUCCAGAACCAUUCCAGAAUCUGGUCAUUCUUGAAAGAUAAUUACUAAUGCUUCCACAAUCUCUUCUGCUACCUCUUUCAAAACCCUGGGGUAUAAUCCAUUUGGCCCGGGUGACUAAUCUACCUUCAGACCUUUCAGCUUCUCAAGCACCUUCUCCCUAUUAAUAGCAACUACACUCACUUCUGCCCCCUGACACUCUCACAUUUCUGGCACUCCAAUAACGUCUUCCCCAGCGAAGACUGAGACAAGUACUUCUGGUUCAAAAUGGUGCUACCUGAGAUGUGUGAUGGCUUACUGGUAGUUUGGAAGGCAAGAGAUUUGACUAAAACCGUUAUUUAUCAUAUCAUUUUUGAAGCAAAUUGUGGUGAAUUGUUGCCGCAGACAGUGAGGAGGCAGGCAGAGGUGAGAUUGGUUUGGGGAUGUACUGUUCUAGGAGAGCAUGUUCAAGCCGGGGUAGCAGAUAGAGCUCCUGUCACUGCUGGAGAUGGAGUGAGCGAUUUGGAAAGGAGUCAAUGCAGAAGAGUUUCAAUGCCCGUCCACCUAACCCGGGCGUGAGCUUGGAUCACUCCAAGCACUGAGCCAAUUUGGUGAGAUCAAAAAUACCUUUGAGCUGGGCAGCACAUGCGUAUCGUGGCACUGCAGUACAGGUCCUAGGGAGAGGUGCCAGCUGGUGCUUGGACAAGUUAAACGCUGGUACAGAUAGACUGGAAGCCCAAGUGUUGGGAAUGGAGGCGAGGGUCAGGGUGACUUGCUCAUUCUCCUGUCAAUGUUCAUUCUUUUUCUGUGGUGCUGAGGCUAUGAACUGAUCCAGUUACUGUGUGUUUUUGUCCUGCAGGUGUGAUGAAUUAGGACUAAGGCUUGGGCCUACUCCAGCUGCUCUGAGAACGGAUCUGGGGACUCAGUCUAAUUUGGAAUGCUGUUAGUUUACUUCCAUUGUUUGCAUGAUUUGUGUUUUUUUUUCUCUUUCUCUGUGCUGUGGUUUCUGGUCUUUCUUUUUUUUAAAUUGGGUGUUUUGGGUGUCUUGCUUUGUGACUUCCUCUAAGCAAAUUCAGCUCAACCUGUAUAAUUUAUACUUCAUUGAUAAUAAGUGUGCUUUGAAUCUCUUUGAAGUACUUAUUAAGUUUGUCUGCCACUGCUUUGUCUCCCAUUACUAUCUCUCCUGCAUCAUUUACCAGUGGUCCAAUAUCCACUCUUACUUCUCUUGUACUCUUUAUAUAUCUGGAAAAAACUUUUGGUAUCCUCUUUUAAAUUAUUGGCUAGCUUACCUUCAUAUUUCAUCUUUUCUCUCUUUUUCAGUUGCCUUCUCUUUGUUUUUAAAAGCUUCCCAAUCCUCUCUCCCCACUAAUAUUUGCUAAAGUAUAUGUCUUUUCUUUUCUUUUUAUGCUGCCUUUGGCUUCUCUUGUCAGCCACAGUUGUUUUAUCCACCUUUAGAAUACCUCUUCGUCUUUGGAACGUAUCUAUCCUGCAUCUUCCGAAUUGUCCCCAAAAACUCCAGUCACACUGUUCUGCCAUCAUCUGUGGUAGUGUUCCCUUCCAAUCAAUUCUGGCCAGCUCUGCUCUCAUACAUCUGUGAUUUCCUUUACUCCACUGUAAUACUGAGACAUCUAACUUUAGCCUCUCCCUCUCAAACUGCAGGAUGAAUUCUAUCACAUUAUGAUCACUACCUCCUAAGGGUUCUUUUCCUUUAACAAUCUUCAUUAAAUCUGGUUCAUUACACAGCACCCAAUCUAGAAUCUCCUUUCCCCUAGUGGGCUCAACCACAAGCUGCUCUAAAAAGCCAUCUCAUAGGCAUUCUACAAAUCCCUUCUCUUGGGAUCCAGCGCCAACCUGAUUUUCCCAAUUUACCUGCAUAUUGAAAUCCCCCUUGACUAUCACAACAUUGCCCUUUUACAUGCCUUUUCUAUCUCAAAUUGUAAUUGGUAUACAAUAAGCUCUACAGAACGAAACACAAAAUGUAUUAAAUAAUGUAGGGCCACUAUAUCAGAAACCGAGAUUCUCUACAUGGACUUGGUGUAUACUCACUGAGAAUUUCCAGCAUUUUUUUCUAUAUUAUAUGAGACAGGAUUUCUCUUCAUCUCCACACAUUAUGACAUGACAUACAAAUCAUACUAUACACAAUUUUCUGCCAAUUGCUAUAAUCUAUAAAAGUUCAAACUGUUUCUAUGAGGUCCUCCCUCAUUCUUCUAAAUUCUAAGUAUAGUCCAAGAGUGGUUAAACGUUCCUCAUAAGUUAACCCUCUCAUUCCCAGAAUCAUUCUAGUGAAACUUCUCUGAACCCUUUCCAACGUCAGCACAUCCUUUCUUAAACAGGGAGCCCAAAACUGCACACAGUACUCCAAGUGAGGUCUUACUAGUGCCUUAUAGAGCCUCAACAUCACAGUCCAGCUCCUAUACUCUAUUCCUCUAGAAAGGAAUGCCAACAUUGCAUUUGCCUUCUUCACCACCGACUCAACCUGGAGGUUAACCUUAAGGGUAUCCUGCACGAGGACUCCCAAGUCCCAUUGCAUCUCAGAACUUUUCCAUCUGAGAGGUUGCUUCAUCCAUCCUGGCCAUUCGCUGUCCAGUAGUGAUAGAACUCUAUAAUGUGGUCCUCUCCUACAGAAUCUUUCUACAUCAUAAUAACUCUUUGUUUCCAAUUAAGGAAUGGCAGGCUCUCUGAGAACGAGGCCAUUGCUAGAUCAUACCAUUCAUGAGAUAAUUGCUCCCAGAGCAAUUGAAAACUGAACAAGAUCAAUAAUAGUUUUCUGUACAUUUAAACAGAAAACUAUGAUAACUCUUGUUUCCAAGGGUACUAAUGAUUGUGGAAUUAGCAAUAAAUCCGAGUCCCACGAUGACCAUGGAAUAGAGGCUCCUACUGUAGCAAUGGGAAGUUUCAUUGUGCUAACAAGUCUCCUACCAAAAGACAUAGGGAUUGUCCAAGCUCCAAUCUUUAACUUUCCACAUUAGCCUGUUUAUUGUAAGCAGUCACAAUGGGUUAAACAUGCUUAGAUUAGAAAAACAGUGCCUCAAUUGUUACUCAGUAGAGAGAAUUUACAUCAUUAACAAAUGAGAUUAACUGAUUUAUUAAAAAGACUGCAGGAAGAUGGAAGUUUAGGAUGGAUUAAGGUUCUUUCAUCAAAGUUUGGGGAGAUUUGAUUCAAGUUGUAAAAUCACAGAGGAUUUAGAGUAGACAGAGUUAAGUAUUGAGAAUAUUUUCCAAACUAAUGUAAUAAGAAUAUUUAAGUAAUGAGUAUAUUUUUCCAAACUAAAGCAGCCAAGAACCAGAAGCACAGGUUUGAGUCCUUUAACAAAAUGACUAGAAUUGAUGGGAGAAUAGAUGAGUUGUUGGGAGGUGCAGUUCAUUGAUGCAGCUCAAAGAAGUGCCUGUUCAUCACUAUAUCACUAAAUAACAACCAAACAAAUAAAUAAAUAUAUGAAUAGGCAGAUAUAUAGAUAAGUAAGUAAGUAAAUGAAUAAAUAAAUGGGUGGCUCAGGUCUCAAAUGCACUGGCUGAGUAUAAGAAAGAUAGGAACUCACUGGUAGCUUUCAAAAGGACAUUUGGCAAAAAGUAAAGAAUGGGAUUUAUGGAAAUAAUAGGAAAUAGGUUGCUCCUCUAAAGAGCCAGUGUAGAUUUAAUUGUGUUAAUUAGCUCUUCGUGCGUAAUUCUCCAUGUCCAAGUCCCAUACCAAGUUAUUGCCUAUGUUAGGAAACAGAAUAAAAACACACAGGGUGUUUCAUUCUGUUGCUUUUUGCACUAUGUGUAUGUUGACUUGAUUGAGAAUUGGUUUCCAGCUCCCAGCUUUUUAUAAUACAAUUUCCUUAAAAUAACUUAAUUUCACCUACCUAUGAUAACAGAGUCUGGACUAUAAUGCUUAGUAUUCCAAUUCACACGAUGUAUGAUUUUUGUUAAAGUUCAUAAGGAAUUAGGACAACAGCUAUUAGCGAUGGCCGUGAAUAAGGCAAGGCAAACCUGAAAUAUCAAACCUCACCCUGUAUGAACAGGAACGCUUCUGCUAAUUAUAACCUGGUCUAAAGUUAGUCAACAAAACGGUUUUGUGUUGUGGUUUUGAUAGGAACUUGAGAACCAUGCUCCUAAAUUUAGUUCAAUAUAGUCUGGUUCACAUUUGGGAUCCUUCUGUUGGAAUACAUCCAGACAGACGUCAGCAAUAGUCAUCACCGAAUCCAGAAGGUCAUGCGCUGGAUUCAUAAACUGGAGCAUAUUUCGGAAUGGGCACAUUUCAAACUUCACGGAAAUAGAAGGAAGGCGCCAGGAGGGGAACUUCACUUUAGAAUUUACAGCUGGCUGCAUACUUUAACGAGUUAUGGAUCUGCUAAGAAAAGUUGUCCUCUUGUCCACUCUCCUUAUAAUCGUUGAUUCCGCCCCACCGACUUGUUAUUCGGCUGUUUUGAAAUUAAGCAAAGGAAUUAUGGUGACAAUGGAAAGAUUAGAGAAAUAUCCUGUCACGAGCCGUUGUGUUGCCCAUUUGCCCAAACUAUAUAUUGAUGUACACAACGCUUGCGUGUUGGUCAAACUUCGCGAUCACAUCUAUGCUUUGGAAAAUCUCAUCGCUGCCGAAUGCAAAGAAUUAAAAAGAAUUGCUUUUCUGAAAUUCCGUAUUGCGCGAUUGUAUUCAAUGAUCAGCCGACUCUGCCGCCGGGAUCUUGUGUUUCUCACUGAUGAUUGCCCAGCACUAGAACGGCCUCCACCCCCAGAACCUGAAGAAGACAACUUAAAGUGAAUCCUUUGGGUUAACAGAUUCAGUGGUAUCACACGUUUUGUAUUAUUCCAACAGUCUCUCCAUACGAAAACCCACCACAUUAUUUUAACCACAGAGCUAGUUCUAAUAGGAUAGUGCAGACUUGGAUUAUAUAAAACCAUUUGGUACAUUGCAUUCAAUGAUCUAAUCAUUUUAUGUGUGUUAUAUGAGAGGUGUAGUGUGGCA